AGAGCGUGGGGCUUUGACCCCGGAAAUUGUACUUGGCUGGGGUCGGGAAGCGGGCUCAAGCCGGAAGUCGGUGGUACGGGGUCCAGGCUUUUCCCCAGUGCCGUCGAGAGAGAGAGGUCUUGGGAUGUUGCUGGGCUGAGAACGUGCGCAGGUCGGUAGGCGGAGAGGGCGGUGGCGCUAACAGCAUUCGGUGGAGCAUCCAGCAUCCGAGGCACUCUAUCCCUAUUUCUGACGGGUGCGGCGUUUCAACGCCGCUUGUCGGAAAUGAGCCCCCUGAACGGGCUUUGGGCUGAGCUCGCAAAACCAGCCUGCUCUUAGGCUUCCCUGGCCGAGGCGCUGCUACCGCCUGCAAGCUUAGCCCAGAUGGAGAUCAGCCACUCUGUUAAGGAGCGCACCAUCUCUGAGAACAGUCUGGUGAUCCUGCUGCAGGGCCUCCAUGGACGGGUCACCACAGUGGAGCUGCGCAACGAGAGUGUGGCUGUGGGCCGCAUCACUAAUGUUGACGCUUUCAUGAACGUGCACCUGGCUGAAGCAACAUUCACAGACCAGCAUGGCUGCUCCUCCUGGAUGGACAGCCUCUUUGUGACAGGAAGGAACAUUCGCUACGUCCACAUCCCUGAUGAUGUGGAUAUCAGGACCACAAUUGAGAAACAGCUACAGCUCAUCCACAGAGUUCGCACCUUUGGUGGCCGAGACAAGGGGAGGAAGGAGUUUCUUAAGCCAAAGGGCAAAUGAAUGGGACUGGCAGUGUGCCCUGACCUUGUUCUGGUUGUUCCUCACUGAAAUCUACUCUCUUGAGUCAGGGCUUCACUAUCCCUCCUUGGCUGGCUAUGCCUUCUUUGGUGUUUCAGGGAUUUCAGUAUUUUUUUAAGGAGAAAGUUUCUUAGUCUUUUUGUACAUUAAAAUUCUCUGAAAUUUCUAAUAGGUUAUGCUUCUGUACCUCUAGUUCUAUUUUGAUAAAUUCUGGGGGUUUUUUUUUGAAAUAAACAUUUGUUUAUUCACCUGUC